AUGCUCGCCCAUCGUGGUUUUACAGCCUGGAUUCAAGUCCAAGGCAAGGCCACCCCGGAAUACCUCGUGGCCGUCGACGAAAGCGCGCAUCGGGUUUCCUGCUGGAUCGCAGGGGAGGUGGGCCAGACGUUCACCAUCUACUGGCAAGAUCAGGGAGGGGGAAUAGAUACCUGCUCGUUCAUCGUACUGGAUGGAUUGACCGUUCCGGGCAGGUUUCUGUUCGGAAAUGGUAUUGCUUCAAGGGGCGGUGUCAGGACUUCUAUGUCGACUGAGCGUCCAUUUAUGUUCCAGAAGGUCGAAGAGAAAUUUCCUGGCAAGAUGAUAUCUCCCACUACCCCGUCGUCCAGUAAUGAAGCGGGCAUGAUAAUUCUCAAGAUAAAAAGAAUCAGACGCGUCGCCAGGGACAAACCGGCGAAUCGAAUUGACCCAGCUCCAAAAACGCUUUUAGGCAAGAGGAAACCAGAGGACUUGUGUAUCGGUUUUGGAGAAGAAGUUCGUGUACAUGAACGGGAGGAUUAUACCUAUGAUGUAGUGAACCACGAGAACCCGGAGCUGAAAAAACCCAGUUCAUAUGUCACAUUUGUCUUUCGCUAUCGUUCAAAGGAUUUCUUGGAAUCUCAAGGCAUUGCUGUUGAAGAGUCGAAGAUAUCUACUUUGCCUACUCCGAGUGCUCUCCCGACACCUAAUGUGAGCCGGGCACCCAGCAGAGUCGUUUCUCGAAGGAUUUCAAACAGCCUUCCUCCUGUGCCGCGUCGCGUCUCUGCUAAGGUAGAGGAGUUAGAUGAAACAGAUACUGACCUCAGUGAUCGGGAUAACCCCAGUUCUCCAUAUAAGCGUCCCAAGAUUGAAACAUCUAUCGAAGCUCUGUUUCCUCCACCUGACCCACUGUUCCCUGAGCGCAGUAUUCCUUAUCCCGCGUACCCUUCUAACUAUCGUCGCCCUUCUGCUGAAUUGCGUAGGGCAGCCAGCUGGACAGAAACAGUGCAGGUUCCGGGUAAAGAUGGAGUGUAUCGCGGAGAUACCGAAUUCUUUUUACCCCGCCUCAACAUCGACUUUGCUGAACAAGCUGGACUCCCUCAACUCUCGGAUUUCCAGGACAUCGUUAAUCCCUCUAAAAGGGUCGAAUCGAAGCCGGUUGUUCCUCAACGACGGCAGCGAAAACCGCAAUCCUCCCAGUCUUCUCAAGGAUCCUCAUCGUCGAUCAGCACCCCAAUGUCUAAUCCUGAUUCCCCAUUCACCGACCCUGACGACUCAUUCACGUUCUCUAAAUGA